AUGAGUGUUAUCCCACUGGUCGUCAUCAUUUCUGCCACCAUGACGGGUCUCGUUGGCUACUGUACCUAUGCGUCGUUCACCCGUCCUGAUGUCAGUCUGAACAAAAAAACUUUUGAAUGGGAUACCAUGGACGUCAUGAAUCCAAAGAAAUUAAAGAUGCGCGUUUUCAACCAGGAGUACAAAGCGAUGCCGGAAUUGAACGAGGCACUUUCCUACCGGGAGGAGUACGAGAAGAAUGAAUCUUAAGAUGAUUGUACAGCAACAUAUCCUGUAGAUAUUGCUGACAAGAUCUUUGAUGCAAAUGUCUCACACUGAUAAUAGUAAUAAUACUACACAACGCAGCUUCAAUUAAUUAAUACGAGCAUAUCCGUCAUUUUACAACACUAUUCUAUCUACACGCGUACUUCUCCAAAUAGUUGCCACGUUCCAUCUAUGCUAUCUGGAAAAUGCACAGUGCAACCGCAUCAGUAGCGGUCGUUACUCAUGACUUGUGGAUGUCAAAAUGCAACAGCAGUAGUGUUAUACUAUGUUCAGACUACGGGCUUUUUACAUGCUACUGAGCUAUUUUGAUGGCAUUUCUCAAGCCGAACAUUUUAAUGACAUGUUGUUCAAUUCGUAGUCUGAACGUGGUAUUAGAUGUUUUCAGCCAAUAAAUUAUUUUCCCUCAUAGUAUCCUGCGCUGUUGUUGGAAGAGCUAGUCAAUACUACACAAUAUAAUACAGCUUACAAGUUUAUUGUUCUAUCUCACUCUCGAUUCGUGAUCUAAGCGAAUCGUGACCCAGUGAGAUUAGCGAAGCUCUAGACUUGGUCGUCGUUCUUCUACAU